AUGGCACUUGUGUUUUCAAAACGUGCUGCUCUGCCUACCUUUAUUAUUGCAGACAUUCCUCUGGACAUAAGCCAUUAUAAUACCCUUCUACGUGUUUAUCUGGAAAAUGAACACAAGUUCUCACCAACGAAAUUCUUGGCUGAUCUUGAGAAAAAUGGCAUAGAGCCCAACAGAGUUACUUACCAACGACUCAUUUCUCGCUAUUGCCAGGAGGGAGACAUUGAUGGAGCCACCAAAAUCCUUGAGUUUAUGAAAGAGAAGCAGUUGCCUGUUGGUGAAAAUAUUUUCAAUUCGCUCAUUAUGGGGCAUUCUAGAGCAAAUGAUAUGGAAAGUGCCCAUAAGGUACUGGAUGUGAUGAAGGGAUCAGGGUUGGAGCCCAGCACAGACACCUACACAACGUUACUUGUGGGCUAUGCCGAACACGGGGAUAUUGAGAGUCUUCACUCAACUUUAGCAGAGUGUGAGGCAGCCGAGUUAAACCUCCAUGAUCGUGAACUUAUGGAGGUCGUAUUUGCACUAGCAGUCAAAGGUUACAAGCAGCAUGUACCACAGAUAAUUGAGAAGUUUCAAAAAGUACAGGGCUACCAGCAGGAUGCCAUGAACCUCACUUAUCGUCUCCUUAAUGCAGAAUGUCAUGAGGUGGCAUACCAGAUUAUGUCCACAAUGAAGAUAUCACAGAAUGAUGAUGGGGAAACAAUCCCAGUUGGCUUUUUCUUCAUCAGACAUCUUGUGAAAAGUGGCACGCCAACAUCCGUAGUAAUGCAGUACUGUCAAGAACUGAGGAAAAAUGGUCAAAAUAUAUAUGCUUCAGAGGUGGCCCUUGGUGGAGCUUUACAAUAUGGUCUCCCUGAAGCAGCCAUGUUUAUAAUGAGAGUGAUGAAUGAGGAUGGAGCAUCAUUACGCCCACAUUACUUUUGGCCAAUCAUAUUACAGUAUGGCAAACAAGGAGAAAUUGAAAAGGUGUAUAGCACUGUGAAGGAGAUGAUUUCCUUUGAGGUUCCCUUGACUUUGGAGACCUGCAAACACUAUGUCAUACCAACAGCCCUGAACCAUAAUGAUCAAGAAACUAUGAUUGGUGCACUUAGAGAAGCAGGAAUGUCUCUUUCAUCAGUAAUUAAUGGCUGCAUUGCUUACCAUCUUGAUAAUGGUGAUAUUAAAGCUGCAGCUGAUUUAGUAUCACGAUAUCGUUAUCGCCUGACCAGCAUUCUUCGCCAUGACCUGGCAAAUGUUUAUGUCAAGAUGGGUGACCCAGUGUCGACAGUUGUUGUUCUUGGUCAGAUGGUAAACCACAACCAAGAUGUAGCUAUUGAAGACCAGAACACUGAAGAUGAAGGUGCUCAGCAGACUUCAGGGCGAGAACAGCAGGAUGUUGCUGGCAUGUUUUUAAAGGAUGUAAUAUGGCAGACCCAUGGUUCUCCAUUGGGCACGGCAGUAUUACCACUUCUUCGGGAGAUGGUGAGUCGUGGUAUCAACAUAAGCAAGGAAAAUGCAUUGCUAGCCAAAUCCAAACUGGAGGGGCAAGCAACCGAAGAAAUUGUGGAACUUCUGGAAAGAGUGUCGUCUGGAGAUCUGGCAUUUCAACCUCCACCUCGGGAGACGUUAGUGCUAUAUUCUCAGCAGAGUGUAUCUGAACUGGAGCGUCGCUACAGUGAGCUAAAAAAUAAAAACCUCCCAACAGAAAAUAUUGUUGGUCAUCUGCUUAUAGCUUACAUUCGAAACAAAGACAUAGAGAAAGUGGAGGAGAUGAAAAAGAAACUAGAAGCAGAGCAGUAUCCAUUUGGCAUUGGAAUAUAUGUUCUCUUGAUUGACAUGUAUGUUAGCGCUGGUAAACUCACUGAGGCUGUAAAAGUUCUUCAAGAUCUUGUGCAAAGAGAACCAGACUCAAAGUUGACUCCCUUUAAAUUUCUUCGACUGGCACAGCUUAUGGUCCAAGAAGGUCAGAUAGAGGAUGCUUUCAAGCUAAUUGAAAGUAAUGCACCAGAAAGCAUUGAUGAGAGAGAGUCGGUAACAACCACGCACCAGUGUAAACGUAUUCUAGAUAUAUUCGCUGACAAAGGUGAUGUUGCCACUGUUCGUCGUUUCAUGGAUGUUUUCUUAAGCCACAGAAUCGCCCAGCCUGGAAGUGUUAUUUUUGGCCCUCUCAUCAAAGCACAUCUUAACAGCGAUGAUCUGGCUGGAGCACUCAGUGACUUUGAAAACAUCUGGCAGGAGCAUCGUGUAACACCCUCUAAGCUUGAGUUGACUGUGCACUGUGUCAAGUUGGAGGAUGCAGAGAAAUUGCAGAAAAUCAUGGACAUGAGUAUUGCAAGCCAUGGUGAAAUGAACAGCCUGUAUGAUAUGGUAUUUGCCUUCAUUGAGUGUGGGCGUAUCAAGCAGGCACGGAAGCUCCUAGAGACCCCAGGUUUGCGAGCCUUCAACACCAAGUUGAAUAUUCAAUGCCAGAGGUUCCUGGAGACUGGCAGACUAUUGGAACUUGAGCAUCUAGUCACUGUCACUCGUGAUGUCUUUGAUCUGGACAGAAAUAUGAUGUACAUGCACUUGCUGACGGGUUAUAAACAACAAAAUGAAUGUGAAAAGGCCCUGGGAAUUUGGACGUCUAUGCAGGAGGAGAAUAUUGAACCUAGUGAAACUUUUCUAAUCAGACUGGGAGAAUUUCUCAAGGAAAAUGGCCAUGAGGUUCCCUUUAUUAUGCCUGAAGCAAAGCAGAACAUUAUUGAAAAGGAGCCUUCAGUAGCAAAUUUCCGUACAGCAUUAACAGAAAGGGAUUUCACUUCUGCAGUCAGCAUUAAAAAUAAGAUUCAGUUGUCUGGUGGGCAGUUAAAUAUAGAUGAUCGCUCGAAGUUAAUUGAGGGCCUUGUCCAAGACAGCCGAUUUGGAGAAGCUGCCAGUCUAGCAAGAGAGAUGUUGUCGAGUGGUACCUACCCUCAUUUAAGAAUUUUAAAGUUUUUGGUGACUAAUCUGGCCAAAAAUGGUGAUGUAGAGAGUGUUAUAUGUUUGGAAAAAUACAUGAAUGAUAUUAUGAAGAAGCAGAUUAAAUUUGACAACUUGCUGUGUUUAGCGUACAAAGUGUCAGGGCGCACAGAAGAGUUUUUGGAGAACCUGCUAAUCCAGAUUCAGUCUGCUUGCACUCAUGAACUAGAGUCCCUUGGUAUACAUUUCCCAAGAGGUGGAAUAAUAGGCAUCAUGGAAGACAGUCCUCAGUUUUUACCCAAAGUAAUCACUAUCUCUGAGGAGUAUGCCUCUCGAGGUCUGCUUUAUCCUGCAAACUGUGUGUGGAUGCACUACUUCUCUAACAAGCGUUACGAUGAAGCGGAAGAGAUAUACAAGAAACACCUCUCCGAGAGCUCAGCACCCUUAAUGUUCCGAAACAUCCUAGACAAAGCAAGGAAAACUAGUAAUGCAGAUGAUCUGAGCAAACUCCUUGAAAUUUUGGAGACUCGUUCUAAUUGCACACCUCAUUCUAAGGGUCUUGUUUAUAGCUCCUGGAUUGACAUUCUUGUCAAAAACAAGAAGAUUGACGAGGGUCUAGAAGUGCUACAAGCUGCCUUGAAGAAGUUAACCCUGGUGGAUUUUAACACCACAGCUUUAACCAGGCUUAGAGAUGGACUUGAAUUAUCAGGCAAAUCAUUUCCAUACACAAUUCCUGCAAAGGAGAGACAUGAUCGCCGCAACAAGAACAGCGACAGCAGCAGUGAUAGUGAUUGAUGUGUGAUGUAUUGACCUCUCGUCUGAAUUUUGUUAUGAAAAGUUAAUAAAAAUAUUCGUUUACUUGUAUUUAAACUUCACUUUUUUUUCCAAUUAACUAUUUAUAAGAAAUCUUAGGCUGAGCAUUUAGUUUAAUGAUCAGUUAAUAUUUCAUUCAUCUCAGUAAUUAAAAAAACUAGUUUUUGUUUUCAAAAAUGUUAUGUAUUUUUCUUUAUAUCUGAAACAGGUGAAUGAUAAUGAUUUGUUGAUUAUAACUGUAGGUUAUAGGCUGGGCUUUUUAUUAUUAUUAUUCCGAAGACUUGAAAUAUUUGCCAAAGAAAUACCCAUGGUGGUUUGGCUAUCACAAGAAACAGGAAUAUGGAGGAUUGGUUUCCAGCCAUAUUCUAAUGGGAAGGGAUAUGACAGUCAGCUAACAAGAAAAUAAGAAUGGGCAAACAUUCAUUGUGAUAGUGGGUCUAUAGUUUUGUAGCCCCAUUAUUCAAAGGGUAUCAAGAGGGGUGUGUGGCCAAUCAUUAAACAAAACUUAUUUUCUGCAUGGCAUAUAAAAUGCCCAAAAUAGUGUCAAAUUAUUUUUUUUAUAAGUGAUUCAUUAUGUUUUAUUUAAGAUUGGCAACAUUUCACAUGUAUAUUUCCAUGAUUCUACCUAAAUAAACUAAAAUUAAGGAUUAAAAUUGUUAUUUUAUUUUUGUUCUCAUUCCAUAUUUACACUGCAGUUUAACCUUUAAAACUGUGUAAUGUACUAGUACGCACAAGUAUUUGUACCUUCAAAACUCUCAACCUGCUAAUAUUUUGGACCCCAUCACAACACUCUGGGGCUUCUACAAUCUAUUCAUACAUUUGAAAAAAUCUAAAGGCCAGGAGGGUCCACACAGUGCAUCAUGGUUAACUACACAGGAGAUGACCAUGUCCAGUGUACUAGUAUGUCUAACUAGCAUAUAUAAAAAAUGAAAUCAAGAGCUGUUGCUCCCACCACCAGCAAACAGGGUGUGCAGGCAGCAUGAAGAUAAUUUAUUCAUUCCAAUUUCAUGAUACUAACAGUGGAAUUCAGUCAUAUAGCAUGCACACACAAUAUUUAAAGUUGAACAGUGUGACUUAUUUCCAUGUUUUGAGGAGUAUUACACUGUAAUGUUGUAUGUAUUGUUUGUACAUAGCAUUAGAAGACCAGGAUAGUACAGAAAUUUAAAAAAAAUUACUUUUUUUUUUUUUCAAACGAACUGGCCUUAUCCUGCCAAGGCAAAGUGACCUAAAAAGAAAAAGUUUUUCUUUUUAAAUUUAGUAUUUGUAAAGGAAAAUGGGUUACUAGCCCCUUGCUCCCAAUUAUAUUUUACAUAUAUAUUGUAUAUUCCAAGUGGAGCAAUGUCAGGCUAAGCAUUUCCCCAUGUUCGAAGUGCUAAAACAUCUUUCAACAGAUCUAAUGUUAUAAGAAACUAGUGUACAUAGUGUUAAACAUUAAAAGCAAUUAAAAAAAUCACAUCUUAGUGUUAUUAAAUUGUAAAACUUAAAUAUUACUAGUGCAUUUAUGCCGCUGUUGCCAAUGAACAAUCAUUUAUUCACCAAAUUUGACAUACCAUAAAAUUAUAAGGGUUUAUCAGAGUCCACUCAUUUUGUUUUAUUUGGUUCAGAUUUUUUUUUUUUUUUCCCAAAAAAUCUUCUCCCACACAGGAAUUUUUAUUUACAGGUAUGCCACUGUUUAAAGGUUAAUUUGUGGUUAAAUUUUGCUAUUGAUAUUUGUAAUAGCCUUAGAUUCUGAUGUUUUCAUUAUUUUUGUGAACACCUUGUUCUUGUUAAGUUUCUAUUGACUGUUCAUAAAAUGUUUUAAUUGGGUAGGCCAUGUCUGAAGAAUACCGGGAUAAGAUAUUUGUUCAUUUUUAUGUUCAACAUAUGGUUAUUGACUGGUUUUGUAUAAUCUAAGUUGUAUAAUAUUGUAAAUAUUUUAUUAAAAAAUUACUGCUC